AACGUACCACACGAUAAAAAAAAACAACCACUGCUUGAUUUUGGCGUCUACUGGAGCCACAUUUGGCAACGUGGGCUAAUUCUGUACCAGCGUGCGGCGCAAAUCACAUGACAGAAAUAUUUUGUAGCCGAUUUUUUCUUAAUUAAUUCUUGGCGUGAGCAAAACCGUUUAUCCCUCACUUAGUCUUAUCCACUACACACCACCGUAUCACACCACCUCCUAAUGGCCAAGUCUAGUUAAUACAACUUCCUAAACAUUAUUCAGAACUGCCGGUCAUCAUUCCUCAUCCGAGAUAGCAACUUCCUAGCAAAGCCCCUUAGCAUUGCCCACCACCAACCAACCGAUUAUGGUCCUUUACCCGCACCCCGUUACUUCUAACCUCAGACUCUAAACACAUGUCUGACUUGGAAAGCUCCCGCGCCCCGUCGCCAGCGCCGUCUGCGCACAGUUUUGAUGACGGCAGAUUGCAUGAUCACCGCUACCAGCACUCGUUGCCGGUGCCCACCAACCGCCGUACGUCCAGUGAUCUCACGGACGAAGAAGCACACAGUAUCUUUGGAAACUACGGCACUGAAAGUAACAUGAGCAUGAGAAGUCUCCACCAGAUUCCGUCGAACGCGUCGGGGUACGACCCCAUUGUGUCGCGCAUACCUCCAACCCAGCGUGUCUGUUCUCGCACCCAGUCGGUGGGCGAGGCGGGCAGACCUGGUGCCUUCAAGCACAGCAAGAACAACGCUAAUGCGGGGAUUCUCCUCCACAGCCAGCGCUCCAGACGCGGCCUGGCAAUGUCUGUAUCCUCCGCCGAGAAGAACCCGCGGUUCACAAACCUGAAGCGUGCGCGGCGGAUGUCGCGCUCGUCCAUUGAAAGCGAAGCCGAUUCCAUGAACUCGCGCUCGUCUCAGGAAACCGAGGAGGAUGUGUGCUUCCCCAUGGUCCCGGAACAUGUGCGGAUCAAGGGAAUUGAUUUUGAUGAGAUCGAGGAGUUUAUCACGGAAACCAAGGAACAAGACCUUCUUUUGGCCCAGCAACAGGAGAUUAUCAAUAAUGGCGGGAUCGUGGGAACAAGCUUGAACCCUGUGGUGUCCUCUACUAACGAGCCACAGCCCAGCCCCCACAAGCUGUCGAUCUUGAAGAAAUACAGUACCGCGGCCGCCAAAUACACCCCAUCCUGGGGCCGAAACGAGAAGCUUAGCUCAGAAAGCAGUGCGGCGUCAACUAGAUCCCACGGAAAAUCCGACUCAGCGCAAAAGACCUCCGAAGACUCAUCUAGCGACAACGUCAAGUUCACCGGAAACAACAUCCGAUACAACUCGGACGACAUUCCCGACCGGUUCUCCUUCUUCUGUUCUGGCUCCGAGGAAACUGUACACGCUCCAGACUUCCCCACCUUACUUGAGCCGGGCCAAUCUGCUUGCGACCUCUUCCGCAAUGGCGAAUCCACCUGGUGGCUUGACUGUGUAUGCCCUACGGACGCGGAAAUGCGGAUGCUCACAAAGGCGUUCGGGAUUCAUCCGUUGACGGCGGAGGAUAUCCGGAUGCAAGAGACCCGAGAGAAAGUGGAGCUCUUUAAGAACUACUACUUUGUAUGCUUCCACUCGUUUGAAACGGACAAGGAGUCCGAGGAGUUUCUCGAGCCGAUCAAUGUGUACAUGGUGGUGUUCCGCGAGGGGAUUUUGUCCUUCCACUUCUCGCCCAUCUGCCACCCCGCCAAUGUCAGACGGCGUGUGAGACAGUUGCGGGACUACGUGGAUGUUUCUGCCGACUGGCUAUGUUACGCGUUGAUCGAUGACAUUACCGAUGGGUUUGCGCCGGUGAUCACGGCCAUUGACUACGAGGCUGAUGCGAUAGAGGAGUCGGUGUUUGCGCGUGAACUGGAUUUCUCAACCAUGCUCUUACGUAUUGGUGACGCUAGGCGCCGUGUGAUGACGUUAAUGCGCUUGCUUACCAACAAGGCGGACGUUAUCAAGAUGUUUGCCAAGCGGUGUCAGGAUGAGGCGGCUAUUCCCAGCAACUACGCCCCAGCGGCCUCCAUCCACAACUACGCCGGCGUUCACUCCGACAUCAGCCUUGCGGGCUUGCAGACAGGCGGUGCGGGAACGUCUGGGGCUGUAGGGGUCCAGCUGGGAAAUCCCCUUAGUCGUGCGCAGCCUCGCAGCGAUAUUGCAUUGUAUUUGGGCGAUAUUCAGGAUCAUAUUGUCACCAUGUACCAGAACUUGAUGGCGUAUGAGAAGAUCUUCUCUCGAUCCCACUCCAACUACCUUGCGCAGUUGCAGGCCUUGUCGCUCAAUUCGAAUAACCGAAUCAACGAAAUGUUGUCUAAGGUGACAUUGAUCGGUACGAUAUUGGUCCCAUUGAACGUGGUUACUGGGUUGUUCGGAAUGAACGUGACGAUUCCAGGCGAGAGCCAGGGUAACUUGAAGUGGUUCUUCGGGAUUGUAGGCGUUAUCGUGCUAAUUGUCAUUGUCGCGUCCACGAUUGCAAGGUACUGGCUCAGCAGGCCUGAGAAGCUGGAGUACGAAGCAGGCCCCGCCAGUAGGUCGCUCUUCUCCUUCCGGUCUAAGCGCUUGGGCGCCCGCUCCGUGCGGAGUUUACCCAGCAGACGCUUUAACCGCUACGAAUAGGAGUUUGAUUUAUUGUUUUGGUUGUAUAAUAGAAUCGUUGAGAACGGGAAAUAUGUAAGGUUAAAUCAAAUCGCAUAGUCUGGGUGAAAAAUGAGAUGCAAGGAUAGCGACAGAGUUGUACCACUGACACUGCUGGCCUUUGGGGAAAGUUUUUCCUACACAAUUAUUUAUCGGGUGAUAUUAUAUACCGUCAUUUAAGU